AUGGCCAAGACAACCCACCUAGGGCCCUACGUCAGGGACUUUGAAACUCUAGUCCGCAGUGAUGGUGCCAUAGUAGGUGGCAAGAACGCUUCUCUCGGGGAGAUGAUCACCGCGCUGCGCGGACAAGGUAUCCCUGUCCCAAAAGGGUUUGCGACAACCUCAUUCGCAUACUGGAAGUAUGUCGAUGCCAACGACAUUCGUGGCAAAAUGGCAGCACUUGUUGCUGACUGGCAGCUUGGCAAGUCAAGUCUGGGUGAAACAGGCCAAGCAGUUCGCAAGCUGUUCCUCCGCGGGUCUUGGCCUAAUGACAUCCUCCAUGCCAUACAGGAGAGCUACUUUGACCUCUCCUUGGCAGCGGGGCGUCAGGACCCCAGUGUCGCUGUGCGUUCCAGCGCCACUGCAGAAGAUCUUCCAGACGCGAGCUUCGCAGGCCAACAGGAGACGUAUCUGAAUAUCUCAGGCUUCGAAGAUGUCCUGAAUGCCUGCCGACGAUGCUACGCCUCCCUCUUUACAGAUCGGGCGCUCAGCUACCGCCAAGCCAAAGGUUUUGACCACACAAGUAUUGCGCUCUCAGUUGGGAUACAGCUCAUGGUUCGGUCGGACAUUGGAGGCUCAGGAGUCAUGUUCUCUAUCGACACGGAAAGCGGCUUUGACAAAGUCGUGCUCAUUAACGCUGCCUGGGGACUUGGUGAAAACGUAGUCCAGGGAACCGUGAAUCCCGAUGAGUACCAGGUGUUCAAGCCACUCUUGUCGAAUGACAAACUUGUCCCCAUUUUGAAGAAGAAGCGUGGUGACAAGGACGUCAAGAUGGUUUACGGGGACCGGCAUGAACCCACCCGCAAUGUUCCAACGUCCAAGGCAGAGCAAGCAAAGUAUGUGCUGGAUGACGGCGAGAUUGUCCAGUUGGCUCGUUGGGCGGUUACCAUCGAAUCCCACUACGGCUGCCCCAUGGAUAUGGAAUGGGCCAAGGAUGGUUUCACUGGCCAGCUGUUCAUUGUCCAGGCCCGACCAGAAACGGUCCAUUCACGUCGCGACGCCGCGCAUUUCAAGACUUACGAAGUCGGUCAUAAAGGAAGACUUCUUGCGACUGGUCUUUCCAUUGGGGACGCGGCAAUAUCCGGGAGGGUUUGCCUUAUACACAGUCCAAAAGAUAUUGACCAGUUCAUCGAUAACUCGAUCCUCGUAACGAGGGCUACUGACCCGGACUGGGUUCCUCUGAUGAAGCGUGCUGCAGCUAUCGUUUCGGACCAUGGUGGCCGCACCUCACAUGCUGCUAUCGUGAGCCGUGAGCUGGGUAUCCCCGCCGUCGUGGGCACCGGCAACGGCACAUAUCACCUGCAUACCGGGCAAGAUGUGACAGUUUCCUGUGCCGAAGGUGAUAACGGUUUUGUCUACGAGGGAAUCUCCGAUAUUUCCACACAGACAAUCGAUCUCAAGAGCCUCCCUCGGAUUCACACCAAGGUCAUGCUCAACCUGGCCAACCCCGAGGCUGCCUACCGAUGGUGGAGACUCCCGGCCGACGGCAUCGGCCUUGCCCGCAUGGAGUUUGUUGUGACCAACGCUAUCCAGGUCCAUCCCAUGGCGCUUGUGCACCCUGAACGGAUCAAGGAUGAAGCGGUCAGAAACCAGGUGGCAACCAUUGCGUCUGCGUACGACCACAAGCCCGACUACUUCGUCGACAAGCUGGCGCAUGGCCUCGCGGCUCUCUGCGCCACCGUCUAUCCCAAACCCGCCAUUAUCCGCAUGAGCGACUUCAAGACAAACGAAUAUGCGGGGCUCAUUGGCGGUUCGGAUUUUGAGCCCAGCGAGGAGAACCCCAUGCUGGGAUUCCGUGGAGCCUCGCGUUACUACUCCCCACUCUAUGAGGAGGGAUUUGCUCUCGAGUGCCGGGCAGUGAAGCGUCUGCGUGAAGAGAUCGGCCUCAUGAAUGCCAUUGUCAUGAUUCCAUUUUGCCGCAGAGUCAGCGAGGCCAAGAAGGUCCUCGGGGUCAUGGCCAAGCACGGGCUCAAGCGUGGCGAGAACGGGCUCCAAGUCUACGUCAUGUGUGAGAUCCCAUCCAACGUCAUCCUUGCCGCCGAGUUCACCGAGUUCUUCGACGGCUUCUCGAUCGGCUCCAACGACCUCACCCAACUGACACUGGGCGUGGAUCGUGAUUCUGGCGAGCUGGCUGACCUGUUUGAUGAACAAGACGAGGCCGUGAAGCGGAUGAUUGAGCAAGUUAUCUCGGUAGCCCGCGAAAGGCAUUGCAAAAUUGGGAUUUGUGGUCAAGCACCCAGCGAUCAUCCCGAGUUCGCCCAGUUUCUUGUCAAUACGGGAAUUGACUCAAUCUCUGUGAGUCCCGAUAGCUUUGUGCAGGUUAUGAAUCAUGUGGUGGCUGCCGAGAAGAGCAUAAAUUGA